AUGUUUAGCCUCAAUUCGCGUCCGCGUUCCCACUCCCAGUCCUUCCCCUCCGUUCCCUACCGUGCUCAAGAUUACUACCCUCACCCAACAGACCACAUCCAAAUCACUUCGCCCGCCUCUCCACACACGUUUGCCGCAGAACGUAAUGAUCUUUUUGCCGGUUCCUCUUCCGACAUUUGUGGAACCUCGCGUCAUUCCCAUGCUCCCUACGAUAGCAGAGAGGACUUUUCUGCGCCGACCCCAUACCAUCAGCCUUACCAUCGGGGUAAUUCGAGUCCUACGGACUUGCGUCUCCCGUCCAGUGCCACUUACCGCAGCCAAUCAGAGGAGGAUCAUCGCUCAGUCCUUCCAAAUCUGCCUCAGCUGAGCCGAGGUGAGAUAUUUACAACAUUCCACACUAAUGGCCAUGGUUCGCCUCAUGCGACUUUUCUUGCCGAACCAGAGUCCGCGUUGACCGCCCACUCAGAUCACUCGGGAGAUUCAGAAUUCUGGCCGACUGCCGUUCAGGAGCACGCUCCCGAUCCUCCUCGACCGAAGAAGGCUAGGCGUGAAAAACCGCGUAUUGAACUCGCACCCGAUCAACCCCCCACUACGCAGGGGAAGCCAAGGGCAAGGGUUUAUGUUGCCUGUUUACAGUGUCGAACACGUAAAAUACGGUGUGAUGGUGCAAAACCUGUUUGUCACAAUUGUAGUCGUCGCACAAACGCAAACAGCGAAUGCAACUACGACCCAGUUCCCAAGCGGCGUGGGCCCGAUAAGACACCUGGAGCUCGACAGCGAAUGGCGAGAGAUGCGAGGAAUGAAGUCAAUGGUGACAUUCUUUCAACGCGUCGUCGCCGCAGGACCCGUGAAAUGUCAAUAGCAGAGAACCCGCCUCAACAACACAUAGAGCAUAGGCAGACUCCCGAUUCCAAUCCAAUGCAGCUCCUGUCUAUACACCCCUCUAUAGCGAAGAUCGAGCUACCCACUGCCGAGUUAUCCCCCAUGUCGAAUCUUGUGCGUUCUUAUUCUCCGGAGUGCGGCUGCCAUGGGCUCAUUCACUGUCCUUUUAUUAUGGAAGUUGGCGGCCCUUCCGGUAGGAAGUCCUCCGCAUCUCUCUCGCCAGAUAGUGACGCAUAUGAUCUCACAACAAUGAUUCCCUCAUAUAAUGCAUCCACAACCUGUGGAAGUGAAGUCGAUGAAAGUGGGACUGAGCGAUCAAACUCGUACGCUUGUGAAAUUGCUAGCGAGCCGUCUCUUACCUUUACCCGCAAAAUUUGGUGGGAUUCUCUUCUGUCCUUGUAUCUCUCCCCCGACUAUUCUCAUCCGCAAAUCUUUACAACUUCUCAGCGAGAUGCUGCAGCCCGGACAGUCAGCGCAGAUUUGCGUUUCAUUUUCCGAGAGUCGAAUUAUUGGUUCUCGUUCUUCCAUAUCCCAAGUUUCUAUGGAAACUUUUUUGAUCCUGCGCGAAGAGAAUGGGUUCAGCCAAGUUUAGUUCUUGCUUUACUGGCGAUGUCAAUCUUUUGGCAGAGCUCAGAGAUAGGCCUGGGGAGUCCCGGCAGGGAACGUGCGCUUCGUUUUCGUGAUGAAGCGCAAAGUGCCCUGGAAGCAAGCUUCAACGCUGGGUGGAUCGACGAGACCCUGGCUCAGGCGGCGUGGUUAUUGGCUCUUUUUGAAGUUUGUGCCCAUCCCCGCCAUUCGUCUGAGCGGUCAAAAUCAGCCAUGAUAAUGCUCGAUUCUAUAAUACGUAGCCUGUCAUUGACUCUGGUCGACGCGGAUGAUCCGAGUACGUCGGUGUUUCCACCUGGUUCCGUCCCCACUGUCAGAUCACAAAAGUUUCUGCCGAGUACAGCACGGUUCUCCGACCAACCUCCCAUUCGCAUCUUACGGGAUAAUUCCUCAGCUCAACAUACCUCGCUCAAUAGCAGUCAUGGUGGAGACGACUGCUUAUGCAACUCUAUGACUCUCAGAGAGUGUUGGCCAACGUCCCGCGAGCACGCCCCCUUGUGGGGAGCCACGCCAGCUUGGAACGAAGGCUGGAGCGAAGGUGAAAUUCGCAAAGAGUCUUGCCGGCGGCUCUGCUGGAGCUCUUCGAUUUUGGCAGCUGGUCAUGUAUCUUAUACGAUGGCUCAUCGAUCCAAAGGUCUUGAUCUCUUCAUCUCCAACCCAGCCAAUUAUGCUCUCCUGUUUUCCGGAGAAUCCGUUGCCAGAUCCCCAUUUUCCUUUCUUUCAUGCUCCUCAAAGGAUACGAUUUGGGCGUUGCACGACCGAUGUUUCUUGCUGUGGCAUGCAUGCAUUCACACGCGUCUUGAUACGCGCGCGACGGACUCUGAAAAGGCUAACUUUGGCGUUAAGGCGUGGUUGGAGGCUGAUGCUCUUGAGCUGGCUUUGAAUAAGCAUACGUGCACGAUCGAACGAGCCUUUAUCUUCCAAGCUCGAGAAUACAUUUUCAACAUAAGGAUGUGUAUAUCUUACGAAUUCCGGCGCUUCAUCCCACUUGCUACUGCGAAUAUGAACGGUUUAUUCCAUCGGAACAAAGCAAAAGAGUGGUUAACACAUCAAGCGGCUGUUGCCCGACGCUUCAUGCUUGGACUCCGUACCAUCACUGGGAACUCAGCCAAUCUGCUCGCUCGCCGCCCAUUCUUUGUUUUCUGGUUCAUGGGACAAAUUUACCGCGCAUUAUCGUUGUGGCAAUGCGACAAUACCCUGUUAGUUGCCCUGGACGUUUGCAAGGCACUUCUCCCGGCAAUCGACUAUUUGACUGCGUUGUGGCCUUGUCCUGGUAAUAUCUUUUAUUAUCGUCGCAGAAGAUUUCACACUCAAUCAGCAUCAGAGCAACGAUGUCGCUACGAAAACCUUCGCAAAAGGUUGGACGAUGCCUGCUAUUUUGCUGGCGUCAGCCUCGCACCUCCCUCAAAUCUCACUCUCCCAGACCCAUCCUCGCCUCAGGAUCUUGUGUAA